AUGAAUGUCUGCUGUCUCUGUGUCACUGUGUGGCUGUCGCAGGCACCACGGCAUCCAGAAGGCUUGGCAGGGCGACUUCUCGGCUGGCUUGGCUCCGUCCUGAACGUGGUGCGGAAGGUCCCGCAGCCAGAAGAGGCUUCAAGAAACGGCGCCGCUUAUUCGGCUGCUUCGGCGGUCGGAGGGCAACCCCAGCCCCAGUCGCCCCAGCCGCCCCAGCCGCCCCAGCCUGGCGGACAGCUUGAGCUGAACGCCACUUUCCCUUCGUCCGCGCUGGCUCAACGCUCCCCGGGGAGCACCCCGCCGGGCCCACAACUGGAUGCGCUGAAUGACUUGGAGCUGCUCGUGCUCCUCAGGCCGAACAUGGAGCGGAGGAUCAUAGUGACAUCAGAGCCUGUGCGCAGAGGUCCAUGUAUGUCAUGUAGCCAGUCUGAAGAUGCUUCUGGUUGA